AAUAUAUAAACUCAUCUCGCAGUAUAAUCACACGAUUUUUUUUUGAUAAUCAAAAAUAAAUUACAAACAACUGAGCAAAUAAUAUCAUAUUUUGAAUAUUAUUCAAUUGAAAACCAGCAGCAUCAGCAAUACUUCGAGUUAUUAAUCGCCGAAAAAAUGCAAUUUUAAAAUAGUUUUAACAAAAUAGAAACGAUAAUGACAGCAAAGGUGAUAUUUUGCAUUUUCUUCAUUGCCAUAACUGUGGCAAUGGUAACUGGUGAUAAGGAAUACACAACCAAUCACGAUGAACGGUCAUCUCUACUGUUAAUCGAAAAAACCAAUAUUAUCUCACCUGACAAUGGCAACGAUAUUCAUUUGGCGUUCCAUCCAAAGCAGCUGGACUUUGACGAUCUGGCUGUUGGUGCUGCUGAACGAGAAACGGUGAUCGUUUUCAAUGAGCAUGCCAACAAAAGUGUUUACUUUGGGUCCAUAUCGGGAAAUGUGCCCGAUUUUUACAGUUCGUUUUUCGAGGACAAAGUCAUACCCCCGAUGGGUAAUACGACUUUCGAUGUUGUGUUUUUGCCCCGACAACCGGGCAUGGUGCAGACAAAUUUGUUAAUUCACACAUCGUUCGGGGCAUUCAAUUAUACAGUCAAAGGCCGCGGCGUUGAAUGUUUAUUUCGUUUAAAUCCGUUAAUUGGUCUGCAGGCACCGCUAAAUGCAACAUUAACGCCCGAAAUCGUCAUGUACAAUCCGUACGAGACACCACUACAAAUUGUCGAAGUGUACAGUAGUGGUGGGCAGUUUCAAUUAGAACUACCAGGUGGAAGCGGGAAUGAGGGACCGCAAGCGUUAUGGCAGAUACCACCAUUUACGUCGAAACCAAUCAUUCGGGUGCGAUUCACUGCCACACAGCCUGGCAACCAUUCAGCAUACAUUCGAAUCAAAGUGUCGGCGGAAAACAAUUCGGAACUGGAGGACAUUGUGCUGGUCGUUCCGAUUGAAGUGGAAAUUUUUAACUACUACGGUAUCUACUCGGAGACGCCGAUUCUCAAUUUCGGAGUCGGCGGCACUGAAGACAAACCAAAGAGAUUGACCAUCGAUCUGUUCAAUUCUGGGAAAGAACCAGUGAGCAUAAAAAAGUAUGCCGUGGAAAGCGAGUCGGAACUUUCCAGUGGCAUAUCGUUGGCAAUGGUAACACCAUCGGAUGUUGCCAAUGUUCAUAGCACAAUAACGGCGACAGUGGAUUGGUCGUCAGCUGUCACCAGCGACAAGUAUAUCCGCGGCAGCAUUGUGAUAACUGCGUUGGUGCAGAACAGAGAUGUAAUUUACCGGAUACCGUUCGUCGGAGAGAUGCUGAAGGGUUCCAUAUACUUCAACGAAUCAAAUACAAGAUUCGUGACAACGCUGAAAGACACUAAAGUCAGUAAAGACUUUGUUCUGAAGAACAAUUUCGAUAUUUCGUUGGCAAUAACGAACGUCACACUGCCAAACGACUGUUCCCUGUUUUUCAAAGCCAGUGAUUUCACACCAAAAAUGCUCGAACCGGGCGAAGAAUCCAUCAUCUUCAAGUUGUCGUUGAUGGAUUCAGUGAAAACGUUGCAGCAUCUGCUGUUACACACGAACCUCAGCAUAUAUGAAAUUCCAGUGUCGAGUUACGAUGGCCUGUUACGGCGAAUCGUGCCAGUCGACGAGCGAGUCAACAACGGAAAAGGUGUGGACGAGAAAGCCAUCAAUUUCGGAACGCUGUCGCUGUCAACGCUAUCGGAAACGGUGCUAGCAUUCGUUAACGAUAACCCGUCGCCGAUAACAAUACACAAUUGGACCGGCACGAUAUCGGGCGUUGCGUCAAUUUACGUUGUGCUGAGAGGAUGUGGCAAUUUAACGAUGGAAAAUUUGAAAUUCUGCUACUUCAUUCAACCGGGCGAAUGGAUUGUGUUUCAGGUGUCGGUACUGUCGAAUGCGGUUGGCACGUUCAUUGGAAAGUUAACCGUUAAGACUGACUACGAAGAAUUGAUUACGCCGAUAAAAUUUUCGACUGCCAUGGGAAAACUGGAAUUCACCACCAAUAUGAUUGAUGAAUCGUCGUGCUUUCCUGGUGGAGCGUGCAACUUCAAUUUGACUGCAUUUUCAACAUUCAACACCCCUAUGUCCGUGGAACACAUCCUAGUGAACGUCAGUGGGGUCAGUGCCAGCGGAGUUGCAUAUGACUAUAAUACCAAUCAACAUCCGGUAAUAGCACCAAACAAGCUCACGCACAUCGGACAGUUGAAAUUCAAUCCGAAAACAAUAUGCGGCGAUGAUUGCUACUUAGAAUUUCCAGACCGAUGGCCACCAUCGAUUAUUAGUACGAACUGUAAGCAGCUUCACAAAGACCUAAUGAGCGCCACAUUGGAAUCAUUUCGGGCCAUGAAGCAAUCAUUCGAUGCGAUUCAGUUUCGUGUUCAAACCAGUCAAGUGAGGCGGUUCGAGUUCAAUUCCAGUGCUAGCCUACAUUGGCCACAGAUGGUGAAGGGUCCGGUGGAGUUUCCUUUGCUGCUAUCCGGACAGGAGGUAGUGCACAACAUAAUUGUGAACAAUCCCACCAAUGAAACAGUCAAGGCGUAUUACAUGCUACAUGACGUGUCGCAAAAUGGACAGGCGAUGACUUAUCCUCCGGAAAUUAUCAACUUUUGUUGGGACUGUUUCUUAUCGAGGGAAAAUGUGUUUUCGUUUGUCGAUUCGAAGCACAGAAAUCAAGAGUUUGACUACAUAGCGCCGCAAUCAAGUUCAAAAAUACCGAUUCGAUUUUCGACCGAGACACCAGGAACAUACGCGACAUUACUCUACAUUCGAAACAACUUCACAGUUCUUGAAGUAGUCUGGCUGACUGCCAAGGCAGGAACUUAUCAAUUUAAGUUCGGCAACAGGAAGCCUGGCAGUACGACACCACUGUUGUUUGAAUUAUCAGACAAACAUCUUCGAGACUGCGAUCGAAAAGUACCUCCGGACUCGCCUCCAAUUGUUGUCACCGCUAAGCGUACAUUUACUGCUCGUAACACUGGCGACAUACCGAUAAAAAUCGAUUCGAUGUACAUCGGGGGCCAACUGUGCGAAGGAUUUGGUUUUCGGGUGAUUCAGUGUUGGCCCUUCGAACUACCACCGAACGGUUCAAGUAAAAUUGAAAUUGCAUUCACACCCGAUUUUACGUUGACGCGAGUCACUCAAAUGCUAACGAUAAAAACCUCACUCGACUAUCCAGUUAAUUAUACGCUACUCAGUAUGAUUCCUGGACAGGCACUGAGCACAUGUAGUAAGGCCCUGCGUCGUCCAACGUGGGAACAAUCGCUGCAAUUAACUAUGUUAGUCGUUCUGGGUGUAUCAUUCUUCUUUGUAAUUUUUGCGGCUUUUCUGGACUCCGACAAAGUGCUCAAAGAUCACGUGAACAACAUGUCAAAGGAUAAAGGUCCUGUACAGCCGACACUCGAUCUGCGGCAAAUCGGUUUGGAGCCAAGGCCAAGUGAAGAUUUUAAAGCAUCCCCCAUUGCUACCGCCAAGAUGAAUGGAGUAGCUUACCAGCGUAAGAAACAAGAUAAGAAGCGUAACGAUAUCGACAGUUUAAAUAAGAAAUCAUGGGCAGAGGUUUUAGCAAAACGAUUUUCACCGAUCCAAAGUGAUGUAAAGUUCAAAGAAGAUACACCGUCUCCGCAACCAAUUCGACCCGUGGAAUCGAAGCGAGAAAAGCAAAAGACUUGCCGUGAAAACGUAGCCGUCGAUACAAUCAAACCGAUUGAGGAUGAUUCGUCAUCAACGACCACAGAGAAUUCGCAGCAAUCAUCCAGUGAUAGUUCUAACGACAGUAAAAAAGGCGCCACCGCAAAGAAAGUUAAUGUUUCAAUAGAACCGCAACCGGAGGCAAAAUGUGCGGUGAAAAACAAGAUUGCAGUCAAGAAAUCGAAAAGUUUACCGAUCAGUUCAGCUGUAUGUAACAAGGAGCCAGAAACGAGUCAACCAAAGGUCGUACGUCCUGUUGUAACCAAGACACCGACGAUUAAGGAUUCAAAUUCGCCGGUAUCCGAAGCGAAGCGGUCGAGUGAGGUUUUGAAAGAAAGUACGAACUUGAAUACCACCCCCGAGCAACAAAAACUACAGAUGCAACCAAAGAAAUACGGAAAGACCCCAGGACGUGAACGAAAGAAGAACGAAGAAAAACGAGGACGGAUUACAGUCAGAGGAAAUUUACACUCACCAUUUCAAUUCACAUCGCCAAUGGUCAGCUCUUCACCUGCCAGUCCACCGGUUUGGGAUAUCAACAAAAUCAGCUUCAGCAAUGUGGUCGCUCAAAAUCCGUUCAACGUUUCGCCAACGAUCAACAGCGGACGAACCGAAGAACCAUCUCCACCACAAUUUUGCCAUGUGAACGGCCAGCCGAGUAGACUAUCAUCCAAAUAUGACCAACAUGUUUUCGAUAAAUCCUCAACUAGCAUCGAUGAUGAAAUGGCCGACAUUCCAUUCACUUCAAAUCUCGGACCGAUUGGAACAAGAAAAUCGCCAUCGUCGUCACCGCACUGGGAAUCAUUGCCAUCGAUUCAAAAGCCGAUACCGACCGUCAUAAGCAAUCCGAACAGUUUCUUCUCUGGUUCAUUUCCUCAUUAUUCAGCGACACCUACGGAGGAAGUAGUCAGUAAUGGCAAUAGUGACUUGGAUGUUAUGGCCGGUGCGGCUGGGCUAAUGGACAAUGUGUACGGGCUUAAACGUUCUUGGGAUUCUACACUUCUUCUCAGUCUUCUACAGCAACAACAGAAGCAGACGAUGUACACAAAUCACAAUAAUUUGUGGGGCGUCAAUUUAACGCAACCGGAGAAAACUUGGUCUACUGCACCUAUUCGUCCGCCACCCGGUCUGAAACCAUUGCACGAGAAAAAUACACUAGGAAACCAGUACAGUGAACAUCAACAUCAGCAGCAGCAACAACAACAACAACAAUUACCACAGUUUGAUCCAUUCAGUUCAUUGAGUUCAAUUUGGUCAACCGAUGCAUGGCCACCAAACAAUUCAAAUAAUUCUGAGAGCAACCGAAAACAAAUGUAAAAUUGUUUCCCUUUCCUAGUUGUUGUUUUUGAUUUUUUUGUAGUUUUUUUUUUUUCGAUGACUGUGAUCAUCCGAUCAAACUAUGUGAAAUUGUUAAACUUACAUUUACGACCAUCCUGAAAAAUACUGUUUACAUUUAAAAAAGA